AUGGCGGACCCGCUGUCGUGCCUUCUUUCCGGUCAAGGCGAGCAGGCCCCUCUCACUCUUCCUGAGAGCCUUCCUUCUUCUCCCGCGGUAUGUGACGACGAGGCUCUCUCGCACUCAGCCCGCCAGAAAACGCAAGCGGCGCCGCUUUCUUCUGCAAGUUUUUUUCACCAUGGCGCCGGACCCCUCCGAGGCGCUCCGCUUCCCUGCGCAGCGGCCGCUCUCCCAGGGGUCAACCCAGCAGCCGACGCGUCGCGCAUAAAUUUGUCGUGCUUUCAGCAGCAUGCAGCAACCCAAGGUCCAGUUCCGCCUUUCAGCCUGAGGUCACCGACAUCUGAACGGUCAUCUGUGGCGCCAACGCAGUUAACGCAGGCCUCGGUGUCCCCCAAGUGCGCGGAAAACAGCUACGGCGCUCUCCAGCAAGACUUGCGGCGCCCCCCAGGGCCCGCAAGUCUUGCCGGAGAGUCAGAUCCGCAGCGGGGUCUGCAGUCCGACCAGGCGGACCCCCGUUCUGCGUUCCUCUGCCCUGGCCAACUGCUUCCCAGCCAGGGAAGCCCACACCUUCUCGAGCAGGCAGCGGCUUUCUUUCUGGCGCACACUCCCCGGGGCACUCCAGUCCAACAGAAUGUCCUGCGGCUCCUGAGUCAGCCGCAGUCUCCGCACAGUGUCGAAGGCGCGGCGGACAACGCCGCAGGCACUGCUGUCGCCGCCGCAGGCACUGCCGGCGGGGGCGCCGCGUGCCCCGCCCUCCUCAGCGGGGCUGGCCUUGUGCACGCCGCAGGAACGGGGCUGCCCGACGGCCGAGACACUCACCAACUGCCCGCCUUGCAGCGCCUUUCACAUGCGGCUGCGUUGCCUGUGGCGACUCCAUCGCUGAGCCCUUUCGCUGGUCCCCCAGUGAGUGCUCCCCCCGCCUCUUCCUCCCAAGCCCGCACCGUCGCCGGGGGACCCGCGGGGCCUGCAGUCGAGGGAGGAGGCGCCGGGAGCCGAGGGAAGCGAUCUCUCGCUCUGCAGACACCAGCGCCAGGCGCCUCCGGAGGCGCCCCGUCAGGGCCGCUUCGCACAUCGGCGGCGCUUGCCACGAACUCCGGUGUCGGUCAGCCAAUCAGUUCGUCGUCGCUUCCUCAGGCGAUGGUCACGUCUGCGUCGCUCCUGCCGGCCGAUGCGCGUGCAUCGGAGGCCCUUGCCGCCGGGGUCGCUGCGCCGCGAAGCGCAGCCCCUUCUCAUCCCACGUCGCAGUUGGCCUCGCCUUUGCCAGCGCACUGGGGGCUUCCUCCGUCCUCUGUGAAGGCUCCCUCGGUGCCGCCAAACCCGCGCCACGCAGGCGCGGCCCCCCUGGCCCUGCCGGCCUCAAACCGAGGCGUGAGUGGCGCGUACGACGAGGGGGGCGUCGCAGGGCGGACGGCUCCUUCGUCUGCGCAGGCCGCCAGCGCCACAGCCCCGCCGCCGCGGAUGCCCGGGAAGGACGGCUCCAAACUCGUCUCCGCGUCGCUGACUAGCGUCGCCGUGUCUGCCGCUGCCUCCACAGCUCCGCCGCGAUUCCCUACGGAGCUGCCAGCGCCUGGCGCUGCGGCAAACUCCCCGUCGCCCCUCCCCGAUACGCCCGGCUUUGUGGCUCCUUCCGCCGCGACAGCCGCCCUGGCAGCUUCGCCUGCAGGCCGUCAAGCCGUCCCGACACCCGCGGCGCCGCCAGCUCCCGCGGCCUCGCCGGUGGUCGCCGCGAAGAGGAAACUCCUGCCGCCGACAGGCCAGCCCGUCGCGAACGCCGUCGCGCCGGGCCCGCUCGCGCCCGCGUCUGCUGCGGCUGCUGCAGCAGCUGCACAGCGGCCCGCGGCGGGGGCCGGGUCUGCUGUCGGGGUCGCGCCCAAACCCAGCGCUUCCCCGCUCGAGGCGGGACCACAGGGCGGGAUGGCUGGCGCAGCCGCUGUGCCCUCUGCGCUGGCCUCUCCCCUCGCCGCAGGCGGGCCUGGGCAGACGCUGCGCUGUCAGGGCGCGCGUCGCUCCGCAGGCGCCGCUGACGCGCCUGCGGCAGCGAAGAAGGAAACGGGAGCAGCCGCCGGCGGGUCGGCUGCCGCCGCGAGACCUUCUCCGGCGGCGAACACUCCACACGGCUUGAAGGGCCUGCUCAGUCGCAGCAAAUGCUCUUCUCCCCAGGUCGUCCUGUCGGCGACGCCCUCCCCGCCAGGAACGCCUACGCACCGCGCCCAGCCGCGGUCAGGGGCCUCGACUGGCGGCCGCGCGCGCUCGCGGUCGAACUCUGCGGGCGGGGGGCAGUCCUCAGCCGCGGUGCUCACAGCAGCCGCCAGCCGUCUCGCUCACCUCUCGGGGCGGGCGUCGCCUACCGGCUCCACAGUUCCAGGGAUCGUUCCAUCCCGUCUGCCUUCACCGUCGUCGGCUGUGACGGCCCUGGGCCCGCUGCUCACGGCGGCGGGCGGCGCGGGAGGGCCCCUGGGCGUGGGCGGCGCGCCGCUGUUCGGGCGCGGGCUUGGAGCCCAAGCGCCGCCGAACGACGCCGCCUCCCGGGCAGCGGCUGUCGUGGCAGAGGCCGCCGCUGCCGCAGCAGCAGGGUAUUCUUCCCUGGCGGCCGCGACGUCUUCGGGCCUCUCGCCUUGUGCCUCUUUGAAAGUCUCGUCGCUCGGGCGCGCAAACGCGGCCCCGUCGCCGCGCGCGCGCAGCCAGCAGUCCGCCGACUCGCCAGCUGCUGGCGGCUUGGGCGGGUCGCGAAAGGCGGCCAGCGCCAGGGCUCUAGCGACAGUUUCGGGGAGCAGCGCUGCGUCUCAGGAGUCGCAUCGAGAGGCGCCCUGCGGCGGCGCAGCCAAGACGCCCGUGGUCGACGCCGAGGCCAAGGCGAAGGAGACCAGCAAGUCGCCGAAGGAAGCGGAGGGCGCUGGGGUGGCAGGGCAGGGAGAGCAGGCGGACAAGGGCCGUGGAGCCCCCGAGGCCGCGGCCAGCGCCCAGCGGAAGCCAGAGGAGGGCAAAGGGGGCGAGGCCGAAACCACCAAGCCUGAACGGGAGAAGGAUCCGGACCGACUUCGGAUCUUGUCUGCGUUGUUUCCCCCCCUAGAGGGGUCGAAAACCGUCCUCGAACAAGAUGGGAAGACGACGCGCGCCGCCUCGCGCUCAGGCUCGCCCUCCUCCACCUCUGCAGACGCGACGCCUUCUCGCGCGCCGCGUCUGUCUUCGCCGUCUUCCGAGGAGCUGGAAGACGCGGAGGGCCUGAAGGCUCUGUUGGCAGACGACUUGGAGAUCGCCAAGGUGCCUCUUUUCCUCGACGACAACCCGAACGGCGACGGCUGGUUUGUGGUUGCCAGCUCGGCUCCUGCGUGUGUAGCGAAGAAAAAGCUUCUGCGCGAGAAGGUGCGGGCGCAUUUGGCGCCCCAGUUGGAGGCGGCCACGGGGCAGCGCCACAUGCCUGUCUCUCCGCCUGAACAGAUGAGCCACUCAGGAGGAGCGGUUCACGGCGGGGGAAGCGCGGCCGACGACGGGGCGAGCGCCGACAGGCGGUCAGGCCUCACGUCGCCGCGGCGCGCAGCGUCUACGUCGGGCGCGCACUCGCCUUCGGGUUCAGCUGCUCUCGAGGGCGGCGUGGACCGCGCACCCGAGCUCUCGCGACAGACGUCGGGGGAGGAUAGCGGCAGUCUGGGGCGACGAGGCAGCCACGACGCGCGACGCGGUGGCAGCAAGCGAGACGUGGAGAGCUCGGGCGACGGCGACAGCAGCGCGUCGCCGCGCAAGAGACACAGAACUGGCGAGGGCAUCGACUUCAACGCUGCUGCACACAGGGCUGCAUUGCCGCCGGAAGACAUGCUCUACACGCUGCCUCGGCUGUCCGCUGCUGAGCAGCGACGCGUGCGUGAACUCGAGCUGCCGGUACUCUCCAGAGAACGCAGACUAAAAGUCACAGAGCAUCUCUGCGCCUCCGCGCGGAGUCUCUUUCAGUGCGUCAAAGAGAUGCAACUCCUCGACGCGCUGCCUCGCACGAUUGCCGCGGCGCCGGACGCGCCUCCCAACGGUUUGACCGACAGCCGGAGCGCGACUCUGGAGGCUUUGAGGAAAGCGAUGCUAGACCUUCCGCCGUCAGCAGUUUGGGCGGGCCUCGCCGCCCCGAGUCCGCUCUUGUCUCGUUCCUCGUUGUCGCCAACGCAGCCUCCGCACUUUUCUUCGUUCGCCUGCGGCUCGAAGGGAGGCACCGGCUCCUGUCCUAGCGAGCGCGCGUGGCUGCAAGCCGAGCGCGGAGCAGAGAGGCUCGACGUUUUCUUUCGCUUGGCGAACAGCGAGGCCUCGCUGCCAUUGGAGGCUCUCCCCCGGGGAGCCGCUUCAGGUCGCGCAACUCCCUCUGCGGACAGCUCGCACGCUCCUUCUCCUGCUUCCUCGCCCUCGCGAAGAACCUCAGGUGCCCAGGGGGCAGCGGCUUGUUCGGCUUUUCCUGCGGCUGCGGCGGGCGCCUCGGAUGCCUUCCGGCGGUCCUCCGCUCCGAAAUGCAGUCCCUCUUCUCCCUCGGCGUGCGCGCGCAUUGCGGCCGAGUCCAAGAGAGAAGAAGACGCUCGACUAUUGCAAGAGGCAGAAGACAUGUAUCUGUGGUCGUCGGAGUCUGAAGACGAAGAGGCGGAUGAUGCGCUCUGCGCAUUUCCCUUCGGACCUGGGGACCCUUACUCCGUUUUAUAUUCGAGUCCGGGCGACCAGGCGUCUGCCAUUGAUAUCUUUCCAGGGCUUUCGUUUCCGCCGUCGACCAUCUCAACUCCGGGCGCCUCCGCAGCUCCGAUUUCGGCGCGGCCUCCGUCCGGCUCCGGAGACCCGUGGCGCCUCGCAGGCGCGACCGCGCCCGCCUCCUCGCCACUUCCAUCCUUUUCGCCUCCACAGACGCUGCCUGAGGCCUUCCAGGAGCAGCGCGCCGCACUGCCUUGGCGUGCGCCGCCGGACCUGGACGAGGAACAGCUCGCUGUGUGGCUCCGGGGGGCGCUGAGAGAUCAGAAGAAACGCGAGACUGAGUUUCGAAACCUGCGUCUCUUCCAACUCGAGCGGACGUCCGCCGGAGGCGCGAGGCCUGCUUCUGGCGACAGCACCCGCCGCGAGGAGGAGAGCGGACGCGGGCCGCUCAGGGCGAACCACGAGAUCGCCGGCGUGCGGCUGGUUUCUCUGACAGAGGCGGAGGAAGCUGAAUUGGAGUGGCUUCGAGAGGAGAGGAGGCGGCAGUGGGAUCGCCUGGAGCGCACGAGACAACACCUGGGGCACAUUAUCAGCGAGGAAGAUUCAAAGGAACAAAUGAAGAUCCAGGCGCGCCUGAGGCGCCUCAGCGAGAAGCUGGCUAGCAGAGAGCGACGGCGAACAGAGGACGCUCGGCGUCUUCGAGAGCUGCGCGAGGUCGAGUUGAAAAAACGGGAAGAAAGGGCCGUGCAGCGUGCGCAGGAAGCCAGUGAGCGCAGCGCCAUGGGCAUCGAGGACGAACGCGCGACCCAGGCCGGGCAGCGGGAGCGCGAAAACAAAGCGCAGAGGAAGAAGGAAAACGAGAAAGCACACUCGAACUUAACCAUACUGCGUGAGUCCUGUCGAAGCGAUGCAGAAAGACCCCAGAGAGGAGAGCAGGACCGACCGCAGCCGAGCUCCGCUGACGGCCAGAGCUCUCCUCUCGAAGCGCCAGCAAGCUCAGUUCAGCCCCUGCCCUCCAAUUCCCCGUCGAUCCCGUCCCCACAGCCCCUGCCGUCGGCUUCGGCGGCCGCCUCAGGCCCAACCAGCGCCGACGACGCCGCGUCUUCCGUGCCCCUGCAUGCAGGAGCGAGCCGUUCCGAGCCCGGCGCAGACGCUGUGGGUCGCCAACGCGCGUGUCCCUCUGUGCCGGUGGCGUCCCGGCCGACACAGGCGUACGGCGAGGCCACGAGCCGUGCGCCGACAGACACGCAGGCGAAGGAGACGCCGGAUGGGGGCCGGAGGACUGAGGGAACCGCUCUCCAAGCACGCCAAACAGCGGCGAGGGAAGCGGCGCCCACAAGCGGUGAGGGAGGUGCAACUACCGUCCCCUGCGCUGCCAGCGGCCCUGACGCGCCCGGAUCCGUCGAGGCUGGAACGAAUCGGCCGACGCAGGGAGAGAGUGCGCCGGCGCCGCAGACACUCCACGCAGGGGAGAGGUUCGCUGGGCACGCGCACGCCUUUGCCACGAACGAAAGACGGAACGAACAAAUCGGAGUUUUCCUGUCGAACCCAGACGGCGCGGAGGUGCCCCGCGAGAGGCCUAGCUCAUCGAGUUUCGCGCCAGUGCUUCACACGGCCGGCGCGUGCAGUCAGGGGGCUGCGCUUGAGCCCACAGCGUGCCCCCCCGGCGUGUCGGGAGAGGCGACGCAUUCUCAGGAAUCCGGGACCGCGCACUCUGCAGGCAACCCUCAAUGGGGCACGAGCGUGAAGAACGCCUUUGCUGCAACGGGACCUACGCAGGUGCCUCGCGCCCUCGUCGGAGCCUCAGCGGGCCUGGUGGCGUAUGCUGGAGGCAGCAGAAGCGGUCAAACCCAGGGCGCGACAUCACCCUCCGGCGCCGCGGGGCCGUCUUCACAAGGAGGGGCGAAAACCCAAGGCGAUUGCGGAGCAGGCAAGCUGGCAGAUCCGGCAAGUUCCAGUUUUCAGGCUUUUGGAGCGCCCUCGCGUGUGCACGAGCUCCGCCAGCCACACGGCAGCGAGGCGAGUGAGCACGUCGACCACGGCCAGGCUCAUGACCUGCUGCAUUUCUCCCAACUUCCCAAAGCUGGAGCGCCGCCGGCAGGACGAGACAUGGCUGAGACGCAGGUCCCAGUCGCGGCGGCCCACGCCGGAUAUCCGCCGAUUUCCCUGUCCCAGCCAUGGCCGCCGGCCGUGCAGCAGCCGCAUCCGCCGGCGUUCGCGCAGCUCUCUGCGCAGAGUCAGCCAACACACCCUAACCUCCAGACUCUCGAGCAGCCGAGACAGGUGCUGCAACAGCAGCUGCAGCAGCUUCCGCAGAACGGUAUAGCCUGA